CAAAGGGGGCACGUGAUGACAUGGAGCCUGAAAUAAACUGUUCUGAACUGUGUGACAGUAUUCCUGGCCAGGAGCGGGAUCGGAGUCCUCUUCAUGAUCUCUGCAGGACAAUUACCUCUUCCCACUAUAGCAGUAAGACCAUUUCUUCAUUAUCUCCUGUCCUCUUGGGUAUUGUUUGGACCUUUCUCAGCUGUGGACUUCUUCUGAUAGUCUUCUUUCUUGGCUUCACAAUUCGCUGCAGGAAUAACAGGAUUGUGAAGAUGUCCAGUCCCAAUCUGAAUAUUGUGACCUUACUUGGCAGUUGUCUGACUUACAGUAGUGUUUACCUCUUUGGGAUUCAAGAUCGAGAUGCUUUAGUGGGAGGCUCAAUGGAAACUCUCAUUCAGAUAAGACUAUCCAUGCUGUGCAUUGGGACCUCCCUUGUAUUUGGCCCUAUUCUGGGGAAGAGCUGGCGACUCUACAAGGUGUUUACCCAGAGGGUCCCGGACAAGAGAGUGAUAAUCAAAGACCUGCAGCUACUGGGGUUAGUGGCAGCCCUGGUGAUAGCUGAUGUGAUCCUGCUUGUGACGUGGGUGCUGACUGAUCCCAUCCAGUGCCUCCAGAUUCUCGGUGUCAGUAUGACGGUGACAGGGAGAGACGUGUCCUGCUCUCUGACCAGCUCACACUUCUGUGCUUCCCGGUACUCUGAUGUCUGGAUUGCUCUUGUUUUGGUGUGCAAGGGCCUGCUGCUGCUCUAUGGUGCCUACCUGGCUGGCCUGACUGACCACGUCAGCUCUCCUCCUGUGAAUCAGUCUUUAACCAUCAUGGUUGGGGUCAACCUCGUAGUAGUGGCUGCUGGGCUUCUCUUCGUGGUCACCAGAUACUUGCACUCCUGGCCCAACCUGGUCUUUGGACUCACAUCUGGAGGUAUCUUUGUUUGCACAACCACGAUCAACUGCUUCAUCUUCAUUCCCCAGCUGAAGCAAUGGAAGGCAUUUGAAGAGGAAAACCAAACAAUCAGACGCAUGGCCAAAUAUUUCAGCACUCCCAGCAAAGGCUUCCAUACCCAGUAUGGUGAGGAGCAGAACUGCCAUGCCGGAGGAGAGAGAAACUCCAUGGACAGACUCCUCACAGAAAAAAAUGCUAUGAUUGAAAGCCUGCAGGAACAAGUAAACAACGCCAAAGAGAAGCUAGUGAGGCUGAUGUCAACUGAGUGCACCCUCGACCCCGCAGAGUGGGCUGUCCCUCCUGCCUCCUCCCACAGCAAGAACAUCCUGGUUGCAACCUCUGCCCAUAGCUUGGUAGGUCAGGGGCCUUCAGAAUGCCUCUCUGACUCUCAGAAUGCUACCAGUGUGGUUGUGCAGGACUCCCAGAGCACAAGCGUACAAAGCCUGGAGCCGGCUGUGAAGGACACCAGCUCCUCCCCAGGGCAGAAGGAGAAAACGUCUAACUUGAAAGAUGUUUCUGAUCAUUUAAAUUUGGGCUGCAGCCAGAAGCCACGGCCUGAGCAAAGCCAAGGAGCAGAAAGACAAGACCAAGUACUCAUGAAUACCCCAGAAUCUCAUGCCAGUGGAGAAGACCCCGUUCCCCAGAGACAGGGGCAGCUGGAGAACUCAGAGGAACCCCAAAAGCGGCUGUCGGUCAAUUCAGUGAUCAGGGAGAAGCUUCAGGAAGUCUUACAAGAUCUGGCUGGUCCCGAGCCUCCCCUCCCCUCUUCCCUGUCCUGUCCGCAGGAGCCCUGGAAGAGCAGUGCUGCCCACAGCUUCCAGAAGAUUCCCCUCACCAAGGAGCUCGGCUUUAGCCCAUACAUGGUGAGGAGAAGGCGGGCUGCACUGCAGGCUCGCUCACAUUUUCCAGGCUCUAUACCUUCAUAUAUGGGGCAUCGUGCAAAUAGGACUGUUUCUGGGGCACACAGUGGGAGGCUAAACGUGCGCAGUAGGGACAGUGUCUGCCUGGAUCCCAAACGGCACGAUUCCAGAGUCCCAAAUUCCUCUUCCAGGAAGACUUCACUACUCCCAGAUCCUCAAGGCAAGCCGGACACCCUGGAGGGCAGCAAACAAAGCCACACAGAGCCCCAGGGUGUCCGGGGAACCAUGCAGCCUUUCCCCCCCCAGCCUUCUGGCUCUGACCGGGCACCGUGUCCUGCUGCCCCACACCUAUUCAGAGCCUCACCAGACAUUCUGGAGCAGCGGCAGCUGCUGCCCCUGGGAUUCCCACGCUGUCCCUCCAUGUCCCCUCCAUGCAGCUACCUUGACACUGAGUCCAGCAGCUCAGACGAGCUCUUCUGCCGCUGCCACCGGCCCUACUGUGAAAUCUGCUUCCAGAGCUCCUCUGAUUCCAGUGACAGUGGCUCAUCAGACACCGACCCUGACCCUGCUGGCGGGCUGGCUUCCUGGGAGAAGCUGUGGGCCCGCUCAAAGCCUAUCGUGAACUUCAAGGACGACUUGAAGCCCACACUGGUGUGAAAAGCAGCAAAGUGAGUCUGGAUAUAGAGGUCAGUUCAGGACAAGCCUUACCAAGGCCUCUAGGUGGAAGGCCAGUUGUGGCCUUCGGGAAACAGAUCGGUCCCCUGAAUUGAUCAAGCCUUUAUCAUGUUUCAGCUGUGCUCACUUGAGCACUGUGCUACCUUGAGCUCUUCUCAAUCUAUCAAAAGAGGAGUAUUGCCUGUCUUGUUACUACCUCACAGCAUUCCUGUGAAAGACUUGGUUGAGCGACCUUAAAAAAUAAGUUUUAGAUAAAAGGUGCUAAAUGAGCACAGAGGGUCUUCUGUCCUGGUCAGUCUGUAUUCUAUGAAACUCUUAAUAUAUACCAGGUGGAGAACUAUGCAGACAUACAGAUGGAGAGAUGCAAGGAAAGUUUCUGCAGAACCAGAGCUGUAGACUGGGACCCAUCAAACUGACCUUCUGGUGGACAGACCU